AUGGCGAUGGUGAUCCGCAGCGAGACGCUCGUUGCGCGCGUGCGCCUCGUGCGCCAGCUGCGCGCGCAGUCGCCGGCGUGGGCCGCCGCCACCCCGCCCCACAAGAACCCUGUGCAGUCGGCCAUGCUGCGCAUGCACACCAGCGGCCGCCGGCUGCUGCUGCGCAUGGAGUUUUUGCUCACCACUGGGCACGACGGGGACGUGUCAGUGACGACCGCGAUGCGGAUGCCCAAGGCGCUGUGGGAGGAGCGGUUCGGGGCGAUGUACGCGGAGUGGGAGGCCGCGCGGCUGGCGCAGCUGGUGUCGCCGGACGCGCCGGAGCUGUGGCGGGAGGCGAUGGGGCGCGUCGCGCUGGCGGACGUGCGGCGGGCCGCGGCGGCGGCGGCCGAGGGCGGCGGCGAAGCAGCAGGCGGCGGCGGCGGGGGCGGGGGCGGGGACGGCGUUGACAGCUUAAGUGGUGACAUCGAGGAAAGCGGCACCGGCAGUUUUGACCUGGCAAGUGCCAGUACGCCAACACGCAGCGCCCCCGAUGUGGCUGAUGCGGCGAGCAGCAGCAGCAAUGACGGCGGCGGCGCCAGCGGCAGCAGCAACCUGGCGGGCUUGAGUGCCGGAGCGGUGCUUGCCACCCCUACAAGCAGCAUCGACUGGUUGUCAGCCAGCAGCACCAAAACCAGCAGCAGAGGCGGCAGCAGCAAAAGCAGCAGUAGCAGCAGCAGGAGCAAGGGCAGCAGCAGCAGCAGCAGCAGGAGCAGCAGCAGCAGCAGUAGCAGGAGCAGGGACAGCAGCAGGGGCAAGGACAGCAGCAGCAGCAGCACCAGCAGGCGAAAAAGCAGCAGCAGCAGCAGCAGCAGCAGCAACAGCAGCAGCAGCAAAAGCAGCAGAAGCAGCAGCAGCAACGACAAGAAUGGGAGCCGCAGAGUGCGCAGCGCAGGCAUGCUCAGCGGCGCGCUGCUGGAGGACAGCGCCUUCGAGAACGGAACACUUGGGCUGUCCUUUGGCGGCGCAGGCUUCUUGAUUUGGUACUACAUCGGCGUCCUCAAAGUCCUGCAGCAGCUGGGGGUGGUGGACGAAAACACGCGCGUCGCGGGCAUCUCCAGCGGCGCCAUCACGGCCGGCGCGAUGUGCAGCGGCAUGGACGAGGCCUUCCUGCACAAAACGGUGUCUGACUUCACGGGCGCCUGCCGCCGCGAGGGCUGCGCAGGGCGCAUGGACGAGACAGUCCGGCAGCUGCUGGAGGCCGCCCUGCCUCCCGACGCCGCCAAGCGCUGCAGCGGCAAGAUCUUUGCGGGCGUCACGGUCCUCGACAACGGGCGCACAAAGAGCGUCAUGGCGGGCGCCGUCGACGGCUUCAAGGACCGGAGCGAUCUGAUUGCCACGCUCGCGGCAUCCGCCUACAUCCCGAUCUGGAGCGGCGCGGCGCUGUUCACCGAGUGGCGCGGCAGGGAGACCGCAGACGGAAGCCUAAGCGCGCAGCAGCCGUGCCCGCCCGGGACGGGGUACUGCCUGCGGGUCGCGAGCCGCUCGCAGGAUGUGCCGCGGCCGACGCUGCCCGACACGCUGUCCGCGAUCGCGCGCUCGCUCGGGGGCGGCAACCCGGCGGCGGCGGCGGUGGCCAAGCCGCCGCUGCCAGACGCGGCGCCCAAGCCGUCCGCGGCGCGGAUGCAGCAGCUGCGCGACUUGGGGGUGGACAUCGCGCCGGGGCUCGCGGUGUCGACGCAGUUCUUGGACGCAAGCGCGUGGACAGAGCUGGGCCUCAUGCCGUGCGACCCAGCCACCUGCGAGUGGCUGCAUAAGCUUGGACAAAUCGACACAGCGGCAUGGCUCGACGCCACCGGCAUCGCUGCCGCGGCCGCGCUGAAAAAGCAGGCGCGGCAGCAGGCGUCGGUGCAGCAGCAACAGCAGCAGGUGUUGCAAGCGGUGCCGACGAUGGCAGCCGGCGCGGCCGGGGCGCAGGCGGGGCAGCAGGUGGGGCCGCAGGCAGGGCCGCAGGCGGGGCCGCAGGCCGGGGCGCAGGCGGGGCCGCAGGCGGGGCCGCAGGCCGGGCCGCAGGCCGGGCCGCAGGCCGGGCCGCAGGCGGCGCUGGCGGCGCUGUCGGCGCGGACUGGGGGCGGCGGUGUGUUGAGGUUGUUCUUUGGGGGCGGGCCUCAGGCGGCUGCCCCCCGGCUGGCGGUCACUGAGCUGGAGGCAGGGGCGAGACGGGAUGAGGGCCGACGGGCGUGGCAGCUGCGUGCGCCGCCGCCCAAGGCGGCUCUCACUGUGAGUCAGGGCAGGUAG